ACAGGAGAUAACAGGUAGGUGGUGACAGGUGAGGUCCUCCUUUGGACUGGGUCACUGAGCAGAGACAAGCUGGACAUGGCCGGGUACAAGCCCAAGGUAAUUUCUCUAAACAAGAGGCCGGGUCAGACGUUUGGCUUCUAUCUGAGGGUGGAGCAUGGUGAGGAGGGCCACCUGAUCCGCUGCCUGGAAAUGGGAGGUCCUGCUGAGCUUGCUGGCAUGAAAGAUGGAGACCGCAUCCUCAGGGUCAAUGGAACAUUUGUUGAUGGACUGCCCCAUUCAGAGGUGGUGGACCUGGUGAGAAACAGCGGAGCAUCCGUUACGUUCCAUAUCCUGGAUGAAGCUUCUUACAAACAAGCAAAAGCACAGGGAGUGAACCUGUCCAACCCUCAAAGUACGCCAAUUGCCAACGGUGUGGCCAAACAGGCUCCAAAACCCAAACUCUGCUACUUGGUCAAGUCCAGCUCAGGCUAUGGGUUUUCUGUUCGCUCAGUCAAAGGUGAGCAGGGUUUGUUCAUGACAGAGGUGGUCCCAGGAGGUGCGGCUGACAGAGCUGGAGUCAAAACCAACGACCGUAUAUUGGAAGUCAAUGGGGAGAACAUAGAAGGCUCCACACAUGACCAAGUAGUGGACAAGAUUAAGCUGGCAGGUGGCAGCAUUAUGUUUCUUUUGGUUGAUGAAGAAACAGACAGGUACUAUCAGAACAAGCGGAUGCAGAUAGGAGCGUGGUUAGCCACAACUAAGUACCUCCCUCACAAGCCACGCAUCAUCAACAUGACCAGAGCACCUGACGGAUAUGGCUUCCUGCUCAGAGAGGAGCCCAACCAAACAGGACAUUUAAUCAAGGACAUAGACAGAGGCAGCGCAGCAGAAAGAGCAGGUCUGAAGGAAAUGGACAGACUGUUCGCUGUGGAUGGCGAGGAGGUGGAGGGCUGCCCCCAUGAAGUGGUGGUGGAUAGGAUCAGGCAGAGUGGCAACAAAUGCUGCCUCCUGGUGCUGGACAAAGAUACGGAUCAACAGUAUAAGCUAGGGAAGGUGUCUCCUAUGCUUUUCUGGGAGGAGAUGAAGGAUUCCAACUCGCCACCCAGUUACACAGAGGCCAUCAAUCUACCUGCUGCUCCUGUCCGACCAUCCACACGUUUUCAGGAGAGGGUAGAGCUCAAGCCUAAACUCUGUAAGAUGGAGAAGACCUCAGCUGGAUAUGGCUUUCACCUUAACGGCAUCCAAGGCGUGUGCGGACAGUACAUCAAGGAGGUGGUGAAAGGUGGAGCAGCUGACAGGGCGGGUCUGGAGGACGACGACAUUGUGGUGGAGGUGAACGGGGUGAAUGUGGAGCAGAGCACCCAUGAGGAAGUGGUGGCAAUUAUCAGCAGUAGUGGCAACUCUCUGGAGAUGCUUGUGGCUAAAAAGAGCGUCUAUGACCAGCUCAAAGCUAAAGGAGUGACCAUCACUCGCCUGCUGCUUGGGGAAACAUCCUAUGUUCAAGUCCACACUGCAGACACUUCAGACGACAGCAGGGAGGAGAGACAUCAUGAGGAGGCCAGACCUGAGACCCCAACUGAAUCAGCAAGAGAGAGGACCUCAUCUGUGUCAUCAUCUUCAUCUCAAGAGAGUAUGGAUGAGAGACUCUGAGAAGCCACCUUAAGGACAUGUUUCCAGAUUUGGCCUUUGUCAAUUUAAUGUUGAUCCAGUGUUUUGUUUUUUGUUCUUAAUUCAGCUCUGUGGACUUCACUUCUUCCAAUUUAGAUCACAGAAGAGACGAAGAGAAAAAAACAGAACAAGGACAGAUAAAACUCAAAAUUUGCUGUCAUAUUUUUACUGUAACUUUGAAUCAUGUGAGAAUAGCUGCACCAGCUGUCUGAAGGGGCUGAGAACACAAACAUGCUCCUGAAAACAGUAGAUCUACUUGUUGAUGAGUCUGUGAAACUAUCAGAGGAAUGCCUUCCUAUGUCUGAGAUUACCAAUGUUACCAAAGUGAAGAUUAAAAACUAAAGCAUAGAGCCUUUAAACUAACACUAUCAAUGCUGCCAGUAAACAGUGUGGCCUUUCAUAUAUAUAUAUUUUCUCUAUGAAAAAGCUGCUGCCUUUAUUUAAUGUUCUGAGAUGAAAGUAAAUCUGUGACAGUUUCCACAAAUGCAAAUAAAUGAACACAUACCAUCUGAAUUAA